CCCUUUUUGGCUACAGUCAAGCCGAGCAGGAUGGCUAUGAUGGCAGCGGUGGUGGCAUCUGCUCCGGUUCUGUCGCUGGGAGCCCGAAUCGGGUCGCUGAGGCCGUCGGCGUCCCUGCUCCUGCGGCGUUGGUAUCGCACUGAGAGGGGUGUUUACGGUUACAAGCCGAGCCGCAAAGCGGAGAGCGGAGUUGCUGACAGCGCGGAGCUUCACGAUCCCUCCAGGAGAACAGCUGACCAUGGGCUGGCUCGCUUAGUAACUGCAUACUAUGAACAUGGCCACAAAACUGCCAAAAUCGACCCUUUAUUUACUGGCCAAGCUGUGAUGGAUAUGGUACCUGAAAUUCAAGUUCUGACAGAAGUUCUGCAAGGACCUUUCAAUACUUCAGGGCUUUUGAACAUGGGAAAGGAAGAGGCCUCCCUAGAGGAUGUACUGUCUUACCUGGAUCAUAUAUACUGUGAACAUAUGUCUAUAGAGACUAGCCAGUUGUCUACCUUUCAAGAAAGAGAAUGGAUUGCUAAACGGUUUGAGGAGUUGAAACAAGAAGCAUUCACUACUGAAGAGAAAAAGUACUUGUCCAAGCUCAUGCUAGAAUCUCAGGAGUUUGAUCAUUUUUUGGCUACAAAGUUUGCCACAGUGAAAAGAUAUGGUGGUGAAGGAGCAGAGAGCAUGAUGGGUUUCUUUCAUGAAUUGUUAAAGAUGUUCUCAUACAGCGGGGUGACUGACAUUGUUCUUGGAAUGCCUCAUCGAGGCAGGCUUAAUCUUCUUACAGGGCUUCUUCAGUUUCCACCUGAGCUGAUGUUUCGUAAAAUGCGAGGCUUGAGUGAAUUUCCAGACAACUCACCAGCGAUUGGAGAUGUCCUGUCCCACCUGACUGCUUCAGUAGAUCUAGACUUCGGGUCUCAUCGACCUAUUCAUGUCAUCCUGUUGCCAAACCCGUCCCAUCUAGAAGCCAUUAACCCUGUGGCAGUUGGCAAAACCAGGGGAAGGCAACAAUCUCAGCUCGAAGGAGACUACUCUCUAGACAGUUCUGCGCAGCCUGGAGACAAAGUUAUCUGCCUGCAGGUUCACGGUGAUGCGUCUUUCUCUGGUCAAGGCAUUGUUCCUGAAACGUUUACACUUUCCAAUCUACCACAUUUCAGAGUAGGUGGAAGCAUUCAUCUCAUUGUUAACAACCAGUUGGGCUUCACCACUCCAGCAGAGCGAGGGAGGUCGUCUUUGUACUGUAGUGAUAUUGGCAAGAUAGUUGGUUGUGCAGUUAUUCAUGUAAAUGGAGAUGACCCUGAAGAAGUAAUCCGAGCUGCACGAUUGGCUGUUGAAUACCAGCGUCAUUUCCGUAAAGAUGUGAUUGUGGAUUUGUUAUGCUACCGGCAGUGGGGUCAUAAUGAACUAGAUGAGCCGUUCUUCACCAAUCCCACCAUGUAUAAAAUUAUCAGGUCCCGUAAGAGUAUUCCGGAAACUUACACAGAGCGUCUAGUAGCCCAGGGACUCAUGACAGAGGAAGAGGUUUCUGAAAUAAAGACUUCCUAUUACUCUAAACUGAACGAGCAUCUGGCCAACAUGCCAAUGUACACCCCUCCAUCCGCCAGUCUUCAGGCUCAUUGGAGUAGCAUGGUGGAACCAUCGGCAAGGAUCACCACAUGGGAUACAGGCAUACCAGUUCCACUCCUUCAGUUUGUUGGGGCCAAGUCUGUGGAAGUGGCAGCGGAAAUGCAGUUGCACAGCCAUAUCCUGAAAACACAUGCCCAGGCAAGAAUGCUGAAGAUGGAAGAAGGGAUAAAGAUAGACUGGGCCACAGCUGAAGUGUUAGCUUUUGGUUCUCUGCUCUGUCAAGGUUUUAAUAUUCGCCUGAGUGGGCAAGAUGUUGGCAGAGGAACAUUCAGCCAGCGGCAUGUAAUGAUGGUUUGCCAAGAGACCGGUGAAACCUGCAUCCCUUUGAAUCACAUGUCACCAGAUCAGAAAGGUUUUCUUGAGGUGAGCAACAGCCCCCUCUCAGAAGAAGCUGUGCUUGGCUUUGAGUAUGGAAUGAGUAUUGAGAGCCCCAAACUGUUGCCCAUAUGGGAGGCUCAGUUUGGCGAUUUCUUUAACGGAGCUCAGAUAAUAUUUGAUACAUUUAUCUCUGGAGGGGAAGCAAAGUGGCUUCUACAGAGUGGAAUAGUAAUUCUUCUUCCACAUGGCUAUGAUGGUGCAGGACCAGAACAUUCUUCUUGCCGAAUUGAACGUUUCUUACAGAUGUGUGACAGCUCAGAGGAGGGAGUUGACGGUGACCACGUCAACAUGUGCAUUGUACACCCAACAACCCCAGCACAGUAUUUCCACUUACUUCGUAGGCAGAUGGUCCGAAACUUCAGGAAACCACUGAUUGUUGUUUCUCCAAAAACUCUGCUCAGGUUGCCUGCCGCUGUGUCAAGCUUACAAGAAAUGGCCCCAGGAACAGUGUUCAGACCAGUCAUUGGUGAUUCAACGGUGGAUCCUAAAAAUUCCACCACCCUCAGUAGUUCGGGGUGGUGGCCCAGGAGAGGGCAUUCUUUGUGACAGCCUCUAAACUGUGGUACUCCCUUCCCACCGAGGUGCAUCUGGGAACUUCACUGUACAACUUUCGGCGAAAGCUGAAGACGCAUCUCUUUACCUUGGCCUUCAACACCUGAGAUGUAUAUUUUUAGGACCCACUCUUUUUUCUGUGAUGUUGUCUGGGUUGUUUUUAACUAUUUUUAAUUACCGUAUAUUCCGGCGUAUAAGACGACUGGGCGUAUAAGACGACCCCCAACUUUUCCAGUUAAAAUAUAGAGUUUGGGAUAUACUCGCCGUAUAAGACUACCCCUGCUUAUGACAUGCAAGCGAUGUACCUUACUGGCGAUUGGCUGGUUGUUGUAUACAAAGCAGGGGAUUUGAACCCCAGCCUUCCAGGUCUUAAUCCAAUUCUGUAACCACUAUACCCCACU